UUCAGGUUUCACCGACAGGCCCUCAUUGAGGUGAAGAUAUUAGACCACUUGAAGAAGAAGGACAAGGACCGGUAUCACAAUGUCAUACACAUGUAUGACUAUUUCUACUUUAGGAACCACUUAUGCAUCACGUUUGAGCUUAUGGGAAUGAACCUCUACGAGCUCGUCAAGAACAACAGCUACCAGGGCUUCAGCCUGAAUCUCAUCAGGAGUUUUGCCUACUCGCUCGUGCAAUGCCUACGGCUCCUCCACCGGGAGAAGAUUAUACACUGUGAUCUCAAGCCUGAAAAUAUUCUCCUCAAGCAAAGGGGCAGCAGCGCCAUCAAGGUGAUAGACUUUGGCAGCUCCUGCUUCGUACACCAAAGGGUCUACACAUACAUCCAGUCCCGGUUCUACCGCUCGCCAGAGACUGGCUACGGAGGGGGUGCGAGGACGCUGACGCUGACAUAG